GGUGAGAGUUAACUCCCUUCGAUCAGGUGCCAAAGUCCAACACAGUGACAGAUGAAACUGGCCUGUUGGUACAAUGCCUCAAGAUGUCAAUAAGAGAGUGUUUCUGAAAUCUCGACCUGGGGUGAAUGGGGAACCUACUGAUGACAACUUUGAUGUAGAGGGCUGUGAGACUCCUUCAUCAGACAAGCUCCAGGACGGAGAGGCUCUGGUCAAAACCCUCUACCUCUCUGUCGACCCAGCGUUUAGAUGUUGUCUAAAUGAGGACACAGGGGCAGAGUAUUUGACUCCCCUGCAGAUCGGAGACACCGUGCACUGGCUAGGUAUCGGCGUUGUGACGGCAAGCAAGGACGAGGGCCUCAAGCAAGGGGACUAUGUUACAUCAAACUUUGACUGGCCAUGGACGAAUGUCUUUGUCAAGGCAGCUAGCCAGCUGAAAAAGCUGCCAAAAGAAAGUGUCCAAGAUCGUCCAUCUCUGGCACUGAGUGCACUUGGCGUAACUGGUCUCACGGCUUACCUUGGAAUCAAGGUGAAAGGUCAUGUGUCCCCAGCAGCCAAUCAGACGAUGGUCAUCAGUGCCGCAGCAGGAUCAACAGGGUCGCUUGCUGGACAGAUAGCACGGGCUGAGGGGUGCAAGCGUGUGGUUGGUAUCUGCGGCAGCAAGGAGAAGUGUGAGUAUCUCACAUCCCAACUGGGUUUUGAUGCUGCCGUAAAUUACAAGACGGAGGAUGUUAGUGAUAGACUGAAGGAGGCCUGUCCUGACGGUGUAGACGUGUACUUCGACAACGUCGGCGGUGACAUCAGCGACAAAGUCAUACAGCAGAUGAACCGGGACUCCCAUGUGAUCCUGUGUGGUCAGAUCGCUGUGUACAACAAGGACGUCCCCUACCCCCCACCCAUCCCAGCACCCACCCAGCAAACCCUGGCGGAGAGGAACAUUACCAGAGAUCGCUUCCUUGUACUGAACUAUGCGGACCAGUUUGAUGAAGCCCUGCUGACUCUAGCCGGCAUGAUGCAACAAGGGAAGCUGCAGGUUCGAGAGACCGUAAUGGAAGGCAUUGAGAAUGCAGGGAAAGCCUUCGUGUCCAUGAUGAAGGGUGGGAACAUAGGGAAACAAGUGGUGAAGGUGGCAGAUGUGUGAAGGGGGCAGACGUGUGAUGGAAGCAGACGUGUGAAGGUGGCAGACGUGUGAAGGUGGCAGACGUGUGAAGGUGGCAGACGUGUGAAGGGGCAGACAUGUGAAGGUGGCAGACGUGUGAAGGUGGCAGACGUGUGAAGGGGCAGACAUGUGAAGGUGGCAGACGUGUGAAGGGGGCAGACAUGUGAAGGUGGCAGACGUGUGAUGGAAGCAGACGUGUGAAGGUGGCAGACAUGUGAUGGAAGCAGACGUGUGAAGGGGGCAGACGUGUGAAGGAAGCAUACGUGUAAAGGAAGCAGACAUGUGAUGGAAGCAGACGUGUGAAGGGGGGCAGACGUGUGAUGGAAGCAGAUGUGUGAUGGGAGCAGACGUGUGAACGAAGCAGACGUGUGAAGGUGGCAGACGUGUGAUGGAGGCAGACGUGUGAAGGAGGCAGACGUGUGAUGGAAGCAGACGUGUGAUGGAAGCAGACGUGUGAAGGGGGCAGAUGUGUGAAGGGGGCAGAUGUGUGAUAGGAGCAGACGUGUGAUAGGAGCAGACGUGUGAUGGAAGCAGACGUGUGAUGGAAGCAGACGUGUGAAGGUGGCAGACGUGUGAUGGAAGCAGACGUGUGAAGGUGACAGAUGUGUGAAGGAAGCAGAUGUGUGAAAGUGGCAGAUGUGUGAAAAUGAUAGAUGUGUGAAGGGGACUUUGUGUGCAGACAGACUUUGACCUUCACAUUGUGUAAAUUCCAUCCCUGACGUGUAUGAUGAACAUCCUCAUUUAUUGUCAUCAUCAGCAUCAACAAUAAAUCAUAUUCCCAGUCACAUCAGUGAUCAAGACAUGCGUUUGUGUUUGAUACAAGUUUUCCUUCUUAAAUUGACAUGUAUGUAACCUCUGCUUACUCUCAUUGUGCGUAUUUCUCCU